ACAGGCGGCAGCUGCAACUGCAAUGACGACCACUCUUGCAUACCUUCCGAAUAUCUGCAGCAACACAUUGCAUACGGCAGGCACCACCGUUUGCCGAAAGAGCUUUCCGAGCACCAACAGUCGCGUGCCGUGGGGAAGGCAUGACGGUGGACAGCUCGGCUCGCAGGACAGUACGCACAGCUUUGUUGGGCGUGAAACGGUUCCCAAGCUCUGAGAGCAGGUUGACUAUGUUGCAUGAGUAACGCGCAGUAUGGAUCAUGCCCACUUGCGCCUCUUGUCCGAUAAGUUCUGUAAGUCGUCGUCCACCGCUCCCGUCUUCCGCAGGCCGUGCAUCCUUCUAACGUCCUUCUGCUAGAUGACAAGCGUAAAGCAGGCGCUCUAGAGUAAGUCGCCUGUCCGCUGUGCUCCACCCCCGCUACCACCUCCUCCUCCAUCUCGCCGCUGUUCCUCGCCCGAGAGAUCAUGGCCGUCGCCUUUCUCAAGUCGACGACAGUUGCUUCGCCGCCACCCAAGAGCCCUGGCUGCCCCUACACCGAUGACUACGAGGUGGAGAUACGGGCGACCUCAGACAAACAGGCGUUGACACAGCAUGCUCGCAGGCUCGAGACGGUGAUACGCAAUGCUCUCGCAGAACAGAACCACGACAGGAUAGGCAAGAUUGUAUGGCAGCUAUGUCAUGACUACGCGUAUGCGGUCCAUCAACCCCACGCUCGCAAUGGCGGCCUCAUUGGGUUGGCUGCCGCAGCCAUAGCGUUAGGGCCGGAAGUAGCACGUUACCUGAAACAGAUAGUGCCUCCAGUGUUGGCAUGCUUCUCCGACCAAGAUGCUCGGGUCAGAUAUUAUGCUUGCGAGAGCAUGUACAACAUCGCCAAGGUGGCCAAAGGUGAAAUAUUGAUAUACUUCAACGAUGUCUUCGAUGCCCUCAGCAAACUGGCCGCCGACACCGAGCUUUCUGUCAAAAAUGGAGCCGAGCUUCUCGAUCGACUGAUCAAAGACAUUGUAUCCGAGUCUGCCGCCACAUACACUUCAGUGCUUGUAUCAGAAAGCAAAGAAUCUACCGAAAACACUCCAGACCAGAGUGUUGAGAUACCACAGGCAUUCAGCUUACCAAAAUUCAUACCACUUCUUCAAGAGCGAAUCAAUGUGCAGAAUCCUUGGGCAAGAACAUUUCUUGUACAGUGGAUAUUGCUGUUGGACUCAAUACCAGAUCUUGAAUUGGUCUCAUAUCUACCCAGCUUCCUGGAAGGGCUACUGACGUUUCUGAGCGAUGGAUCCCUCGAUGUGCACAACGCGACCAGGGAGGUCCUCAGGAGAUUCUUGAAGGAGAUCAAGAAAAUUGCCGAGGUGAAACAAGAGGUGGCUGAGAGCAAAAAGAGUAGAGAAGAGCACGGGCGAAAAGCAAGCGACUCAAGUUUCGUUGCUGAUGAUCAUGCCAGCGACGCAGCGGAGGCGGAAGUGGAACCCGACCUGGAUCAAAGUCGUGAGAGCAGAGAGAAUGGCGAGAUGCAAGCGAUCGAAGCCGAUACGAGCCCCGCCACUGGCGACCACCAGACACCGGAUGAUGCCUCUUCGUUUACCGCUGCAGACAAUGACAACAUCGAAGGCAUGAAUGCUGAAGACGAAUGGAUACCAGGCCAAGACGUCCAGAUCGACUACCCAAAGAUCACGGCAAUCCUGGUGGACUUCCUGGCGAGGUCGCGCGAGGAGGAAGUCCAACUCACAUGCCUGAACUGGAUUGGCGCGUUCCUCGAGAUCUGCCCUGAAGACAUUCUCCCAUUCACACCGAGCUUAUUACAGCAGCUACUGCCAUCUCUUUCACACGACAAGGAUCAUGUGAACACGGAAGCGAAAAAGGUCAACAGUGAACUCAUGAGAUACAUCAUGUCUCUGCCGGACGACCCAACGCGAACACAUGGUGGAGUUGUGGAGCAACCCACGCAGGCGGCAGUCGUAGUCGCAAAUAACGCCUCAGGUUUGCGAGCACUUCGAGAUGCAGGGGAUGGAAAGCGAGAGUCACUGGGUAGCCGGACAGCUCGCAGGACGCCAGAUGUCCCAGAAUCACGAACACCUGAAGUCUCUACUCCCGAACCACCUGCAGACGAGUCCGAGAAUAUCAGCAAUGCUCAUCCAGAUCUUGACUAUGAGGCAGCAGUGAGCGCGCUGACUCUACAGUUCCUGCACGAGCACGAGGCCACCAGGGUCGCUGCAUUAGCUUGGCUGAUCAUGCUUCAUCGAAAGUCACCUCGGAAAAUUUUGGCAAUCCAGGAUGCGACGUUUCCGGCACUGCUCAAGACGCUUAGUGAUCCUGCAGAAGCUGUCGUCACCCGGGAUCUGCUAUUGCUGUCGGAGAUUAGCAAGAGCAGCGAUCAGAGUUACUUCACCUCAUUCAUGGUCAAUCUACUGAAGCUUUUCGAGACAGACCGACGUCUUCUAGAAUCGAGGGGCAACCUCAUCAUUCGACAAUUGUGCCUCUCUCUGUCUGCAGAGCGCAUCUUCCGAACCAUGGCAGAUUGCCUGGAGAAGGACGAGGAUGAUGUCGAAUUUGCUUCUAUCAUGGUGCAAAAUCUCAAUAAUAACCUCAUCACUGCGCCAGAGCUGGCAGAGUUGCGCAGACGCCUGCGAAACCUUGACAGUAAAGAAGGUCAAAGCUUCUUCACGGUGUUGUUCAAGGCGUGGUGUCACAAUGCAGUCGCCACUUUUUCACUUUGCUUACUGGCUCAAGCUUACGAACAGGCUUACAAUCUGUUACUGGUCUUCUCAGAACUGGAAAUGACUGUCAACAUGCUCAUCCAGAUCGACAAGCUGGUGCAACUGCUGGAGUCACCCGUCUUUACCUACCUUCGAAUGCAGCUCUUGGAGCCUGAUCGUUACCCCCACCUGUACAAAUGCCUGUAUGGCUUGCUGAUGCUGCUACCACAAAGUAGUGCAUUUGCUGCACUCAAGAACAGGUUGAACAGUGUCUCAGCAAUAGGAUAUCUGCACAUCCGCGACCGUGUGGGACCAGCUGCCUCAGGAACGUCAAGUUCACUCAGCGGCAACUUCGGCGAGCGAAAUCGUCUGAAGAGCCGCGAGGACAGUGGUGGGAUCAAAUGGAACGACCUGCUGGAGAAGUUCAAAGCCACGCAAGAAAAAGUGAGACGUUCUCAGCAGCGCCAGCUCAUCAAUCAGCAUGGCCUUGAUGACGCAGCUCCGGUAAAGGCACCACCGAAGGUGAUACAGAAGCCAGAAAAUCUCCAACAAUCAGUCGCUCGCCAACCCAACCCACCUCCUGUCAGCCAUCAACGGAACAAGUCAAGCCUUGGAAACCUGGGCCGCUUCGCCUCUCGCAACGCCACGAAGAACAAGAAAUAGGAUCUCACAUCAGAAGACGACGAAUACACACCCCUCAUCCGGCGCAUCUCGACGAAUUUGACUCCCAGGUCGCUAUCUGGUGGCAUUCUGAUGAGUCCCACUGUGGAAGCUCGACCGCAGCAGACUGGCAAAGGGAAGCUUGAGAUCGAAGUCAAGAUCGAUAGCGAGGAAGAGGAGGCUUUGAGGAAAGACAGCACUUUUGAUCCCACGCCUGCGAUGGGCUUUGAUGGAGGUGGAGACGUGGAUUGAGCCUGAUUGAGGCCUUCUUGAGCACAUAUCUAGGACUGGGAUGGCUCAUGGUUGAUGCUCGGAAACACAGGUCUGCAUGAACCGGGACAUAAAAUCAGAGCAAUUGAGCGGCCCUCUUGAUAGAACUGGGAACGAAGAAAUUCACGACUGAAUACCGACGCGCUUCGCGGUGUGCUUAAGUUUUCUAAGAACAGCCACAUCAGGCACGAGAGAGUUGGGAGGCGUGAAAGCCUUUGGACAUCACGACAUCGAUUUGAGUCACCUGUGGCCGUUGAAUUUUCUCAGAUUCCUGGAAAUAAGAGCUAAAAAUACUUGCAGUAUCUGCAGAAUCCCGCUGACCGCGGAGAGUGAACAAAGUGGACAUCUGUAAGUUCGGCGAG